GGCCAAGGGACGGGGCGGGGGGCUUCAGCAGGAGGGCUGUUGGCCUGCUGCUGUGCUGCUGAACAGUAUGCAGUCCUUUCGGGAGCAAAGCAGUUACCACGGAAACCAGCAGAGCUACCCACAGGAGGUACACAGCUCAUCCCGGAUAGAAGAGUUCAGCCCUCGUCAGGCCCAGAUGUUCCAGAAUUUUGGGGGUGCAGGUGGCAGUAGUGGUGGCAGUGGCAGUGGCAGUGGUGGUGGACGACGAGGAGCAGCAGCUGCUGCUGCAGCGAUGGCUAGUGAAACCUCUGGCCACCAAGGUUACCAGGGUUUCAGAAAAGAGGCUGGAGAUUUUUACUACAUGGCAGGCAACAAAGACCCUGUGGCUACAGGAACCCCACAACCUCCUCAGCGAAGGCCUUCUGGGCCUGUGCAGAGCUAUGGACCCCCCCAGGGCAGCAGCUUUGGCAAUCAAUAUGGGAGUGAGGGUCAUGUGGGCCAGUUUCAAGCACAGCACUCUGCUCUUGGUGGUGUUUCUCAUUAUCAGCAGGAUUACACAGGGCCUUUCUCUCCAGGGAGUGCUCAGUACCAACAGCAGGCUUCCAGCCAACAGCAGCAGCAGCAAGUACAGCAGUUGAGACAACAGCUUUACCAAUCCCAUCAGCCUCUGCCACAAGCUACUGGCCAGCCAGCGUCUGGCUCGUCCCAUCUCCAGCCAAUGCAACGGCCUUCAACUCUGCCAUCCUCUGCCACUGGUUACCAGUUAAGAGUGGGUCAGUUUGGCCAACACUACCAGUCUUCUGCCUCCUCCUCCUCCUCCUCCUCCUUUCCUUCACCACAACGUUUUAGCCAGUCUGGACAGAGCUAUGAUGGCAGUUACAGUGUGAAUACCGGAUCCCAGUAUGAAGGACAUAAUGUGGGUUCUAACGCACAGGCUUAUGGCACACAAUCAAAUUAUAGCUAUCAGCCUCAAUCUAUGAAGAAUUUUGAACAGGCAAAGAUUCCACAAGGGACCCAGCAGGGGCAGCAGCAGCAGCAGCAGCAGCAACAGCAACAGCAGCAGCAGCAACAGCAGCAGCAGCAACAGCAACAACAACAACAACAUCCCUCUCAGCAUGUGAUGCAGUAUACCAAUGCAGCCACCAAGCUGCCCCUGCAAAGCCAGGUGGGGCAGUACAGCCAGCCCGAAGUUCCUGUGAGGUCCCCCAUGCAGUUUCACCAGAACUUCAGCCCUAUUUCUAACCCUUCUCCAGCUGCCUCUGUGGUACAGUCUCCAAGCUGUAGCUCUACCCCAUCUCCUCUAAUGCAGAGUGGGGAGAAUCUCCAGUGUGGGCAAGGCAGUGUGCCCAUGGGUUCCAGAAACAGAAUUUUGCAGUUAAUGCCUCAACUCAGUCCAACUCCAUCAAUGCUACCCAGUCCUAAUUCUCAUGCUGCAGGCUUCAAAGGGUUUGGACUAGAAGGGGUGCCGGAAAAGCGAUUGACAGAUCCUGGUUUGAGUAGUUUGAGUGCCCUGAGCACUCAAGUGGCCAAUCUUCCUAAUACUGUCCAGCACAUGUUACUUUCUGAUGCCCUGACACCUCAGAAGAAGACCUCCAAGAGGCCCUCAUCUUCUAAGAAAGCAGAUAGCUGCACAAACUCUGAAGGUUCCUCACAGCCUGAAGAACAACUGAAGUCCCCUAUGGCAGAGUCACUGGAUGGAGGCUGCUCCAGCAGUUCAGAAGACCAAGGCGAGAGAGUGCGGCAGUUGAGUGGCCAGAGCACUAGCUCUGACACCACUUAUAAGGGUGGAGCCUCAGAGAAAGCUGGCUCCUCUCCAGCACCAGGUGCUCAGAAUGAACCCCCCAGACUCAGUGCCAGUCCCGCAGCAAGAGAAGAGGCUACCUCGCCAGGUGCUAAGGACACACCAUCAUCAUCUGAGGGGAACCCAAAAGUCAAUGAGAAAACAGUUGGGGUGAUUGUCUCCCGGGAAGCCAUGACAAGUCGGGUAGAAAAGCCGGGUGGACAAGAUAAAGGCUCCCAAGAGGAUGAUCCUGCAGCCACUCAAAGGCCACCUAGCGACAGUGGGGCAAAGGAAAGCAGCCACGCCUCACUUCCACAUCCAGAGCCUCCAGGAGGAGGGAGCAAAGGAAACAAGAAUGGAGAUAACAACUCCAACCAUAAUGGAGAGGGAAAUGGCCAGAGUGGCCACUCCACUGUGGGCCCUGGUUUUACAGGAAGAACUGAGCCUAGCAAAUCUCCUGGAAGCCUACGCUAUAGUUACAAAGACAGUUUUGGGUCAGCUGUGCCACGAAAUGUCAGUGGCUUUCCUCAGUAUCCUACAGGGCAAGAAAAGGGGGAUUUCACUGGCCAUGGAGAACGAAAGGGUAGAAAUGAGAAGUUCCCGAGCCUCCUUCAGGAAGUGCUUCAGGGCUACCACCACCACCCUGACCGGAGAUAUUCUAGGAGUGCUCAGGAGCAUCAGGGGAUGGCUAGUGGCCUAGAAGGAACCGCAAGGCCCAAUGUCUUAGUGAGUCAGACCAAUGAAUUAGCUAACAGGGGCCUUCUGAACAAAAGCAUUGGGUCUCUAUUAGAAAACCCACACUGGGGCCCCUGGGAAAGGAAAUCAAGCAGUACGGCUCCUGAAAUGAAACAGAUCAAUUUGGCUGACUAUCCAAUUCCCAGAAAGUUUGAAAUAGAGCCUCAGUCAUCAGCCCAUGAGCCUGGGGGUUCCCUCUCUGAACGAAGAUCAGUGAUCUGUGAUAUUUCUCCACUAAGACAGAUUGUCAGAGACCCGGGGGCUCACUCACUGGGACACAUAGGUGCCGACACCAGAAUUGGGAGGAAUGAGCGCCUCAAUCCAAGUUUAAGUCAGUCAGUCAUUCUUCCAGGUGGUUUGGUGUCCAUGGAAACAAAGCUGAAAUGCCAGAGCGGGCAGAUAAAAGAAGAAGACUUUGAACAAUCCAAAUCCCAGGCUAGUUUCAACAACAAGAAAUCUGGAGACCACUGCCAUCCUGCUAGCAUCAAGCAUGAGUCUUACCGUGGCAAUGCCAGCCCUGGAGCAGCAGCCCAUGAUUCCCUUUCAGACUACGGCCCACAAGACAGCAGACCCACACCAAUGCGGCGGGUCGCUGGCAGAGUUGGUGGUCGGGAGGGCAUGAGGGGUCGGUCCCCUUCUCAGUAUCAUGACUUUGCAGAAAAAUUGAAGAUGUCUCCUGGGAGGAGCAGAGGCCUUGGGGGAGACCCUCAUCACAUGAAUCCACACAUGACCUUUUCAGAGAGGGCCAACAGGAGUUCCUUGCAUGCUCCCUUUUCUCCCAACUCAGAAAGCCUGGCCUCUGCCUAUCACACGAACACUCGGGCUCAUGCUUAUGGGGAUCCUAAUGCAGGUUUGAAUUCUCAGCUCCAUUAUAAGAGACAGAUGUACCAACAGCAGCAAGAGGAAUAUAAAGAGUGGAGCAGCACUUCUGCUCAGGGAGUAAUUGCUGCAGCACAGCACAGGCAGGAGGGGCCACGGAAGAGCCCACGGCAGCAGCAGUUUCUUGACAGAGUACGGAGCCCUCUUAAAAAUGACAAAGAUGGUAUGAUGUACGGCCCACCAGUAGGGACUUACCAUGACCCCAGUGCUCAGGAGGCUGGGCGCUGCCUCAUGUCCAGUGAUGGUCUGCCUAACAAAGGCAUGGAAUUAAAGCAUGGCUCCCAGAAGUUACAAGAAUCUUGUUGGGAUCUUUCUCGCCAAACUUCUCCAGCCAAAAGCAGUGGUCCUCCAGGAAUGUCCAGUCAAAAAAGGUAUGGGCCACCCCAUGAGACUGAUGGACAUGGACUAGCUGAGUCUACACAGUCAUCCAAACCCAGUAAUGUUAUGCUAAGGCUUCCAGGUCAAGAGGAUCAUUCCUCUCAAAACCCCUUAAUCAUGAGGAGGCGUGUCCGUUCUUUUAUCUCUCCCAUUCCCAGUAAGAGACAGUCACAAGAUGUAAAGAACAGCAACACUGAAGAUAGGGGGCGCCUCCUUCACCCAUCAAAAGAAGUCACUGAUAAAGCAUUCAAUUCCUAUGCCCAUCUUUCUCACAGUCAGGACAUCAAGUCUGUCCCUAAGAGAGAUUCCUCCAAGGACCUUCCAAGUCCAGAUAAUAGAAACUGCCCUGCUGUUACCCUCACAAGCCCUGCUAAAACCAAAAUACUGCCCCCACGGAAAGGACGGGGAUUGAAAUUGGAAGCUAUAGUUCAGAAGAUCACGUCCCCAAAUAUUAGGAGGAGUACGUCUUCGAACAGUGCAGAGGCUGGGGGAGACACAGUUACGCUUGAUGACAUCUUGUCUUUGAAAAGUGGUCCGCCGGAAAGUGGGAGCCUUGCUGUUCAGGAUGCCGACAUGGAGAAGAGAAAAGGUGAGGUAGUAUCUGACCUAGUAGGUACAACAAACCAGGAGUUGAACGUUGAGAAACCUCUUCCUAGGUCUUCAGAAGAGUGGCGUAGUGGUGGGGACGACAAAGUGAAGACAGAGACACAUCCAGAAACAGUUACAACCGGAAAGGAACCCCCUGGUGUCAUGACAUCUGCAACCUCACAAAAGCCUGGUAGUAACCAAGGGAGACCAGAUGGUUCCCUGGGUGGAACAGCACCUUUAAUCUUUCCUGACUCAAAGAAUGUACCUCCAGUGGGCAUAUUGGCCCCUGAGGCAAAUCCCAAGGCUGAAGAGAAAGAGAACGAUACGGUUACAAUUUCGCCCAAACAAGAGGGUUUCCCCCCAAAAGGAUAUUUCCCAUCAGGAAAGAAGAAGGGUAGACCCAUUGGUAGUGUGAAUAAGCAAAAGAAACAACAGCAGCCACCGCCUCCGCCCCCUCAGCCCCCUCAGAUACCAGAAGGUUCUGCAGAUGGAGAGCCAAAGCCAAAAAAACAGAGGCAAAGGAGGGAGAGAAGGAAGCCUGGGGCCCAGCCAAGGAAGCGAAAAACCAAACAAGCAGUUCCCAUUGUAGAACCCCAAGAACCUGAGAUCAAACUCAAGUAUGCCACCCAGCCACUGGAUAAAACUGAUGCCAAGAACAAGUCUUUUUUCCCUUAUAUCCAUGUAGUAAACAAGUGUGAACUUGGAGCCGUUUGUACAAUCAUCAAUGCUGAAGAAGAAGAACAGACCAAAUUAGUGAGGGGUCGGAAGGGUCAGAGGUCACUGACCCCUCCACCCAGCAGCACUGAAAGCAAGGCACUCCCAGCUUCAUCCUUCAUGCUGCAGGGACCUGUUGUGACAGAGUCUUCUGUUAUGGGGCACCUGGUUUGCUGUCUGUGUGGCAAGUGGGCCAGUUACCGCAACAUGGGUGACCUCUUUGGACCCUUUUAUCCCCAGGAUUAUGCAGCCACUCUCCCGAAGAAUCCACCUCCUAAGAGAGCCUCAGAAAUGCAGAGCAAAGUGAAGGUACGGCACAAAAGUGCUUCUAACGGCUCCAAGACGGACACUGAGGAGGAAGAGGAGCAGCAGCAGAAGGAGCAGAGGAGCCUGGCCGCACACCCCAGGUUUAAGCGGCGCCACCGCUCUGAAGACUGUGGUGGAGGCCCUCGGUCCCUGUCCAGGGGGCUCCCUUGUAAAAAAGCAGCCACUGAGGGCAGCAGCGAAAAGACUGCUUUGGACUCAAAGCCCUCCGUGCCAACCACUUCAGAAGGUGGCCCCGAGCUGGAGUUACAAAUCCCUGAACUACCUCUUGACAGCAAUGAAUUUUGGGUCCAUGAGGGAUGUAUUCUCUGGGCCAAUGGAAUCUACCUGGUUUGUGGCAGGCUCUAUGGCCUGCAGGAAGCGCUGGAAAUAGCCAGAGAGAUGAAAUGUUCCCACUGCCAGGAGGCAGGCGCCACCUUGGGCUGCUACAACAAAGGCUGCUCCUUCCGAUACCAUUACCCGUGUGCCAUUGAUGCAGAUUGUUUGCUACAUGAAGAAAACUUCUCGGUGAGGUGCCCCAAGCACAAGGUGAGACUGUGGAGAUGAGAAAGAAGGUGGUGGACACUCAUGUUGGAAACGGUCCUACCCGCAGCCCCACCCUGCCCCGCCCCACGUGCCCGCCCAUGCCAGCACUUCCUUCCUAAGCUCUCACAUCACAUUCAAACCAGUGACACCACAGGAAAGAAAGACCCAAGACGUCAGAAUGGCUGUUUCCAUGGACACAAUCUCCAUAGUGACAAUGUGGGGGG